CUUCAAAGUUAUCGUUAUUGUACGUGUGGUACCCAAAAUGGUUUUGUAGCCACAUAUUCUGUUCUUAUGUGAAUCCUGCAUGCAAACAAAAAUCCCUCGUGGUACAACAAAGAAAACCUUGAACCUUGAAACUAGCCUACUGUGUUUUUCACAGAUUAUAUCCGUCAAAGUCUUAAAUGUAAGGCCUGCACAGGCCAAAUAAUUAUGUGCGGCUGCCAGUGAAUUUGGCGUUUCCCCAAGAAGAAAACGUCAAUUAUUUUGGUGCCUUAUUGAUUAGUUUACUACCAAUCAUUCCGGCCAGGUGAAACAGUCGGUAGCGUACUUUGUGGUUGUGAAUUCCUGAGUUUGAGAACUUUACAAAUCAAGAGAAAGAAACGCUAAAUACACUAUACUUGUAAAAUGAAACUCAAGUAUUUUAUUAACAUACAGGGGGUAAUGUUUCUAGGUGAAAUACUCAUCAAUAACUCUAUGUGCGUGCCAGCUGGAACAUUCCGGACGGAGUGUCAUGAACGCCAUUUCUGGCUGUUUGUUGAAUCCAGCUUCAUUGGCUCUAUGGUCCGCUUUGGCUUUGAAGACCACCAUGGAUUUCACUUUCUGUCCAGCCAUCAGACUGCAGUCUGCGGCUACACAGCGCUCUAUAAUCACCGUGGUGACCUGGUAUUCCGUGCUUCGUUCCUGGCCUGCCACGUUGACAACCAGCAGGACAGUGAGUACAGUCUACGGUUGUGGUUGGUAAACACGCAGGUAAAUGGGGAAGUGGCUGUUUACCCCUUCUGGCUCCGCUGCUCCACCUUGUGGCCAUGGGGGGUGCGAGAGGUGGUCUGUGAGGAAAACUACAUGGGGGUGUCCAUCCAGCGUCCAGUUUUAACUGUCUCUUCUCACGGACAAGAGAAGGUUCUGCCGCCCCAUUAUGGGUCUGGAGAGAAGUCAGGAAAGGUGUGGAACUGGACUGUGAUGUUCCACAGAGCAGGAGCACACCCAGAAGAGACAAGGCCCAGAUCCCUGGUUGAGGCCAGCACCCUGGGCUACCAUCUGUCUGAAUCUGGCUCUCGUAUCGUUCUCCGUUGCCCCUACUCCUCUCCCCUAUCCUACACCCUGAAGGAUAAAGGGGUGGACUUGGAUGUGGUCAGUGCCACCAUCUUGUACCCUCUGCUGGGCACUGUUCUCGUUAUCGAUGCCACUGUGGCUUGCGCCAUGAAUGAGCCCACAGUAGAAGGGUCCCACCUGCUGUGGUCUAUCCCCCUGUUCCUCUCCCCCCUGGCCCCUGGGGGUGUCUCCAAGGACAGGGGCAUCAGGAUCGGAUUGGAGACCCAGGCCCUCAGCCAGAGAGAGAUCAAGGACAAGGGCUUUGAGAUUGGCCUGAGGGACGGGAUGGUGGACAUCCGGAUUCCAUUUGGCACCGAGGGUGGGCAUAUUGAGAGUGGCGUGGUGGACGGCCAGUACUCCCAGUCCAUGUCUGUGAACCUUUUCUAUGCGCACCAGUGGGAGGACAAACGCUGGCCCCUCACACACCUCCGCUCUCUCAGGAUCCUCAGGACCCCCUACAUUCCACUCCCCCUCACCCUCAUCAACCACACCGUAGUCUCCCAGCGCGUGUUCUCGGUCAGUCUGGGAGCGUUUCUUCCUGACGUGGACCUCCAGAGCCUCACCGUGGGUGACACCCUGGUCUGGACCCAGUGCCAGAGCCAGGACGAGGUGGAGGUGGACCUCAUCCCCCACCCCAAUGGGUCACACUCCUACCAGCUACACGUCCCCUUCUCAUACCCCCAUGUCCUGCACAAAGAUGUGGGUGACGGCUACAUUAGUUACACCCUCCCUCUCCUCUUUACCCUGUUCAUCUCUGCCCGUGCCCAAGUCUUCCACCAUGCAGACAUCAUUGUCAGUCGUGUGCUAGAGCAGCCAGCCCCGGAGCGCCUCCGACUGGAGGGGCUGUGUACUGAGAGGGGCCUCCUGGUGCUGCUGCACCAGGGGGCCCGGGACCUGCAGUGGGAGCUCUUCCUGGGGGCCAACCGGAUUGACUGGAAGCUGAUUGAGAUGGGAGGCUUCACAGUGGAGACCAAGAAGGAUCUAGUCAGUGUGGAGAUUCCUCUCUUCAGCCCUGGCAUGACCUAUGAGGAACUGAGUUUGCAAGGUCUGGUUGUCAAAGUAGAGGUGAGCCUGAUUGAUGUGGACUCUCUGAAGGUGAAGGAUAGCCUUGUCCAGCGCUGUGCUUUUCCUGUCAGGGAGCUACUGGUGUGCUUACCAGAAGGGAGGAUGGUGGCAGUGGUGGACACCACACACUCAAUCCCGCCCACUCCACCCAACCGCACCACCUUAUUGGACCCCAGCUGUGUCCCUGAGGAAACAGACAGUGCCAGGGCCCUUUUCAGUUUUGGUUUGGACUCCUGCGGUACCACCGUAACUACAGAAGGUGACUUUCUAGUGUAUGAAAACCAGGUGAGAUAUGCCCAGCAGUUUAUACCCACAGAUGACCCUCUGAUACACAGAGACUCCCCCUACAGGUUGACUAUUCAGUGUCGCUAUCCUGCCGAUGACACUGUCACUGGCUCUGUCUAUCACCGAGGAAACUCAACUUCUCUCCUCUCACACCUGCUGUUGAGUCGAGCUCGUAGAGAGGACUCUGUCAUGGGGAAGCGACAAGUCAUUUUGGAUGGAUUGAAUUGGCCUGGACCAGGUACACAAUUUGGUGCUCUGCUAACUGUCCAGCCACCACAUGGUAAAGCUUUACUUUAACAUCUUCAUAGACACGUCUGGACUACCUUGAAGGAUGACUUGGAUUUUAAUCAUGAAGUUCUUCUACUGAUGUGUUUGGGGAUGGCUGUACCCUGGGCCACUGGAAACAAGUCACACCCACAAAUAAAAAACAACUGAAUACGUUUGGUGGUUUACAUGAAUGAAUGAAAGAAAGACAAGUGAUCCAGGCAGAGGAGUCAGGAUGUGGUGGAUGGGUGCUACAGUAUCAGCUGAGCUAUGUGGAGCUUUGCCGAUUCCAUCAAGGAGGGGGUGAGACUCAAGCAUGGAAUUACAAGUGACAAGUAGUAGCUAUAGUCAGCUAUUGACUGGAUUAAAGUAUAUGUUGUGUUUAACUGAUGGGAAAUAGGUGUGUAAUUGAGGUGAUUGGCUGAUGGUCCUAAAAUGUGUGAUGUGGUUAUUUUUCUCCCAAGCCUCAGUUGAAUCUAACGAAAUGUCUAUGUUAUUUUCAGUAAUAUGCUGUUCAAAUAUGAUGCAAUUAACAAUGGUCAGCAUGUGUGCUUACCAUAGUUAUGAUAAUUAUAUAUCCUUAUGGUAAAUACUUUUUGAGAUGGUAUAUUAUGCUCCAGGACAAAUCCAACCUUUAAACGUUAGGAAAGUAAGAUCUUACUAUUCCCUGAAAUAUGUGAAGGACUUCACGUGUGAACACAUGAUGGA